UUUGCUCUCACUGAGAGUGUGCAGUAGCAAACCGUUUGCCAUAACCAAGGAGAAAACAGGAUUCGCGUGAAACCAUGGCCCCGAAACGAGAACCAUCACUGAAGAAAUCAGCAUCUACUGGGGCUGCUCCGAGGCUGGGGCCUCCAUUCCCCUGCCUCCCCACUACCUCACUGCCCUCCAGGUCAACUUCAGAGCUCAAGCCACGACUACUGCGUCCUUCUGAUUCCCCAUUUGACCCCAACAUAGUGGAGUGUGACUUCACGGAAGACCAAAUCGUUGAGUUCAAGGAGGCAUUCCUGCUGUUUGACCGGACCGGCGAUGGGAAGAUCACCUACAGCCAGUGUGGGGAUGUGAUGCGUGCCUUGGGGCAGAACCCGGUUAAUGCAGAGGUGCUGAAGGUCCUGGGGAACCCCAAGGCUGAGGAGAUGAACCACAAGACGCUGGACUUUGAGCAGUUCCUGCCCAUGCUUCAGGCCAUUGCGAAGAACAAGGACCAGGGCUCCUUUGAGGACUUUGUGGAGGGCCUGCGUGUCUUCGACAAGGAAGGGAAUGGCACUGUCAUGGGGGCAGAGCUGCGUCACGUGCUUACCACACUGGGGGAGAAGAUGACAGAGGAAGAGGUAGAAACUCUUUUGGCAGGACAUGAGGAUGCCAAUGGUUGCAUCAAUUAUGAAGCCUUUGUCCGCCACAUCAUGUCUGGCUGAGCGUCGAACUUGUCCGGAUGGUCAUGAGCGGAUGAAGAUCUCAAGCGCAAACAAGAACUUUUUUUUCCCCCGUUAUGUACGUUUCUGUUCCCAUUGCAAAUUUACACACAUACUCUAAUUUUAUUACCCAUUUUUUGUUUUUCCCCUCAUUUGGAUUUUAUUUUCGGAAGUGCCUUUAUCUGCCUCAGUAGAACUUAUGUUCUUGCCUGUCCUCUGCCCUGCCCACUGUCAUUAACCCACAGACGAGCAUGAACAGGAAGUUUGAGCACAGCCGGAAUUUGCAAUAAAGUCCAGUGAAUUCUGAUGUCUCCCCAUCCUGCAUUUAACCACCAUAGACAAUGUGCUCAUUGGCUUGUCUACCAACUUGCGUUGCAGUGAGUGUGUAGUAGCAAAGAGGCCACUGGCUAAGGCUCGCUUUGACCAAGACCAUUUCAUCUUCCUUCCAAUUGGCUGGCUGUGCAGAGCUCUGGCUGUCAUGCAUUAGGUGAAGUAGUCGAACUUUGUCUGGUUUAGUUUGUCCUUCAUGUAUUACACUUGAAUUGUUCAAACUAAAUAAAUGUGUCCAGUUUCUGAAUGUUAUCAGCUGUGUGUGCUGUUAAAAAUACAAACAUGAAUUACAGCGAUAAAUUACUGCAUACUUCAUUUACUAUUAGUGUGUCACAACGUAGGCAGUACUGUGAUAAUAGUCACAUAUUAAAGAGCACAAACUCUUCUAGUGAGUACAAUGACUUUUUCCCCUGUUGUCUUUAGGUGAUGUAUGAGAAUAGUGCUGUGUUUGGUGGUAGAAAACUGACGUUUAUGGAAUUCAGCCCUUCCCCAAUUUCUGAAGUAGACAACUUUGAAAAUGUGGUCUUCUCAGAACAAUAUACAUCGUAAAACUGUUACUACAAAUAAAAUAAUGAAGCUGGGUGUAAUAAAAUAUAAAAACGAUGCAAAGGCAGAAGCAAAAAACAAGAGCUCAGCUGUACUGACUAAUAAGUGGACUUAACCAGCUGGAUUUCAUUAUUUAACAUGAAAAUUGGGGCUUGGCUUAGAGAUCUGUAUUUGAAAUGUUUUGGUAUUGUCAUUUGAUUAUCUCUUCCCUCCCCUUAGUUGAAUUGUGCCUUUUAACCAUCUUUUGGUGACCUCUCUGUGUGAAGGAUUCAUGCAGUUCCAUAAACAUGGAAUCGAGCCAUGUAUCGUAGUUCUUCUCUAUUCAAGUACAGUCACGGAGGAGCAUGUCAUAUGCAGAUAACCAGUAUAAAUUGUAAUGCAAUCUCACCUUGGACAAA